AUGGCAACAGAGGUAUUACGGCCACAGGAUAUUUUAAUUGAACGGUUCAGAGUUUCACCAUCGGCGUUACAUCGCCGAAGAAACAACUACGGAAAAGGAAAUGACUCUUUUAACCCUAAGCCUUCCUCUAACAACAAUUAUGGAAACCGGGUCAAACCGGAAAGGGAAAGAUCCGAGAAAAAGAAGCUGAAAAACCAACCUGAACCGUUGAUGAGGAAGAGAUGUACGAGUUCCGAAGAUUUAAGACCAACUCAUAACGGCGUUAAAUCUAACGGUGACGGCAUAGUGAUGGGACGGGUCACACUUUUGAGAAGAGGCGAGUCUUUAGAUUCGCUUAACCCGAUAUUUACGAAAGUCGGACCGGGUCAAAAACCGGAAAUGAUGGUUCCAAAGCAUAUCCGGGUCGGGUUAUCUUCUGCUGACGUCAUUUCCGGUUCAGCAGCAUUUCCAAAGUCGCCGGUUUAUGCCGGUUCGGCUUUUUCAAAUUCGCCAUCACCUAGAGCUCUUCCUUUGCCUUCUUUUUUUAAUAAUAAUAACAAAAAGCAAGAAGACUUUGCCACUAGAGAUUUAAGGCGCUUGCUCCGGCUUGAAUACUAA